AUGCAAGCUGGUUUAGCAAAUGGAGAUGGCUCCAUUAUAUUGAGGACGGUGAUCGCUUUGUUUAGCUGUGUCCAAGCAGUGGAGAAAGGUCUCAUUAAAGAAGUGAGUGUGCGGCUGGACAGCUGUUUUAUCAAGGGAGACUUCACAAGAUGGCGGAAAGCCACAGAAAAAUUCAAAGAGCAUGGUUACGCACAACUACGACACAAGAAAAGACUCACACACCUUGCUCUCAUGCAUGUUCAUUCAGAUGUUAUGGACAGUCUGGACAUUGGCAGCCUAAUGAGGAGCUUCAUCAGCGCCAACCCGGAGAGGAAGGCCACAUUUGGAGUUGCGUGA